AUGUGUUGUCAAAAUAAUAAUCGCAUUAAUUUGAUAAACAUUGUACGUCUUUUAGUAGUCAAUUUGUAUCAUAAUGCAACGCUGAUUGCCGGAUGUCUAGACGUUACACCGGACACCUUACAGCAGUUCAAUGGUCAAAGUUUAUGUCAGCGACGACCCGAAUUUACUGUUUGCGCCUGUAAAAGUUUUGACACGUGUAACAGUCCAGAAGCUCCGUCGUCUGGAUUCAAAUUUGUCGAUGAGCCUAUUCUAAACGCGUAUCAUUUAGUACCUGCAGAUAAAAAUUCUGAAGAAUUACAAGUUAAAAUGGAAAAGUUCUUAAUAACUAACCCAGCAGAAAACGAUGCUACAGACUCAGCAACAAAUUCGAAAACUGAAGAACUCGAUACACGUAUACUUCAAUCAAGAGAAGAUGAAAGAGGAAAUGAAGAAACCCAAAAAGACAAGCUGAGCGUUACUCCAUCUAGUAGUUUUGCAGCAGUACCAUUUAUCACAACUGCUGAAUUUGUAACACCGGCGGAACAGGAUGUUACCAAAUCUACCACACCGACUUUACGAACCAUUAUUGAAAAUCAUUCAAACGAAUCUAUUGAAGGAGAUACUUCGGACAACAGUAAACCCAUUGUCGCAGACGGUCUCAACAAUCAACCCAAACAAGCCAAACCAAUAGAUGAAGCGGUCGAAGCCUUUCGGGCAACAAUGAUUAAUUUUCCAGAAAAUGAUGAAAAAUUGGCAACAUCUACAGGCUUUAAAUCAUUCCAAGAAAUCCAAGCUGGUUUAGCCAUUGCCGAUGUACCAGGUUUAAGACACACUGAAGAUACGGAACAGCAACAAAAAGAAACAGAGGCUAAAUCUGACAUUUUUGAAUCAGAAUCGCCUGUUUUGCAAAAAAAUGAUGCACAUACAUCAGCCGAAUCAAUAAAAACUCCAGAAAACUUUUCUGUGGUUGUCGCAGAUGAAACCAAAGAAAUGAGUAAUUUGAACCAAAAAAGUCGUAAAAUUGAAUCGGCCAUAGCUGAGUCAUAUGGUGACGGUACUUACGAAGGUCAUUCCACUAUAAGUCCAAAAAAUCAGACAAUAACAUUGGACAGGGAAACGACAUCAUCAGCUGCAAAGUUGAAUAAAGGUAAAUGUGGAAGUGCACUGAUAAUUAUUGGCUUUUUAACUGUUGCUGCACUACAAUUGUAA